AUCCAAUCCAUACUUACUCUGUGCAAUUCCAAAAUUACGAAUAAACAAAAGAGUAUUUAAUUUUAUCAGAUUUUGCUAUAUUACCUCCUUGCAUGCGAUUUAUAGUAAUCGAUAUAGUUGUUAAAUCAGUUCUGGGGAGUAUAAAUAGAGUUGGUCACCCGCUAUUCGAUAUCAGUCUCAGUUUUGAACUCGAGAGGAUAACACAGGCACACAAUGUUCGCCAAAUUGCUAGUCGUCUGCGCCCUGGCCGCGGUAGCGUUGUGCCGCGAGUACCCGGCCGGAGUACACCCGGCAGUCUGCCCCAACUACCCGUUCUGCGACUCAGGCGCCCUGGCCCGCCAUACCCCCGACGGCCAGCCCAUCCCUGAAUGGGUGUACAACCCCAGUGUACUACCCGUCGCGCCUGUCGACCCUGCUCACAACGCCGCUCCUAGGUACCCAGCCGACUUCCCUGCUGCUCUUUGCCCCAACUACCCAUACUGUUGGUGAAGAAAAGCAACCACAGCACUCCCAAACGGACUUAGUUCUAAGAUACAUUCGCUAAACGCGAGAUUUUUCGCGCCUUUUCGGUUUUGAAAAGUCUUCUUGACGUUUUCUUUUUUUCCAAAGAUGAAUAAGCGCAGAAGCGCAUUGAUUUCUGUACAUUAUUUAGCAAAAAUCUAGUGUUUUAGCCAAAUGUUCUCUCCACUGCCAUAAAACUAGACAAUUUGUUAAUAUAAAAAAUGUAAAUACAUUUAAUGAUGUAGGCGUUCGCAUUUCAAAUGUAAAAACAUGUAAAUACAUACGAUACAUUUUGGAUUUCUUGUGUUUUAUUACUUUUAGUUUAUUGACACUAAUAUUAUACUGGAUGCAGGAGGGUACCUAUGUACAAACAAAACUAUCAAAACUCGUACUAAGGAUACUGUUUUAUUUCAAUGAAAAACGAAUUUUCCAUUUAAUUACUCAUGUUUAUUUUUCAUUAUGAAAAUUCCUUCGUCUGAAAACAGUUUAAAUUCUCCUAGCCUAUUCUAAUUCACAAAACUUUCGAACGGAAAGUUGAAUUUGACAGAUAAUUGUACGCAAUUUUAACCUCAAUUUGACGAAAUCAAAAGUGUUACCCAUCAUUUUCAUCUUGGGAUUUUUGUUUAAAUUAAGCCUAAAAUGGCUGCUAGAGUAUUUAUUUAUUAUUAAGGUUGCUUAGCGUGAGGAACAUUUUUCAGCAUGUAAAAUGAACAAAUAAACAAAAUUUUAUUAAUUAAUAUAUUUCAAAAACUUCAAAGUGUUAAACGAUAAAUUUUGGUUGACAUACAAUUAAAUAAUAAGUCUAUGCAUACAAUCGAUUGCAUCAACUCUACAAAUAAGUCGGCUAACACUGUCAAAGAAUGUUCUUUCAAUCCCAUCAAAAAUUUUGUCGCAUCUUUUUUUUAUUUAUAGUAUUACAAUAUAUAGAAACUUAAAUAACAACAACUUAAAAACUACCUAAUGUAUAAAAUUUAAAUACAACUUAUGAAUAAUAUCUAAAUUUACAAAAUGAAAAAUAAGUCACCCCCAGCGUCGCCGUCAGGAAUGGUGCCCAAUAGGCUGGCAGCAUUGCCACGUUGAUAAGCAUGGCUGAUCCGUUGACCAAGAUAGCUGCCAGCCUUUUGGUCACCAGUCACUUCGGUGAGUCUCUUCGAUAAUUCCGUAAAUAAGGAACGAGCGAUUACACCCCAUGGGCCCAUAGUCUCAACACCAAACGGCACGAAUAUAUAUAUAGUUCUCAUUGAGAGCUAAACACUGCUCCCUGUAUGAAUAAAUAAAUAUUUCCAACACUCACACCAAUUAGCCUAGCC